GGUUGACAAACAAUCAGACGCAGAAGGGACGACGUGAACUAUAAUGGACCUGUCUCCAGAAGGCUGGGCCUAACUAUAUAAAGGAUUUAUCUCUGGGGUGAACAACGUUAAAGCAAACUUUGUAAGUGUUCGUUUGUGCUAAUUGUCAAGUGCGAAUAUAAUUGAUAGUGACAUCAAAAUGAAGACCCUGACAAUGCUACUUUCCGUUUUUGCUGUCGCAUCUGCUAAGCCCUCAAUACUGGCAGCAGGUCCAGGCAUAAUUACAUCUGCAACAGCACCUGGUGCGAUCUUGACAGGCCCUUCUGCAAUUGGAGCACCCGGUGCUAUCAUAGGAGUGCCAGGGAUACUUGGAGCUCCAAGUGCCAUCUUAGCAAGCCCUGCUGCCAUUGCUACUUCUGGUACCAUAUUGACAUCACCAGGUGCUGCCAUUGGCCUUGCUGGUCCGGCAGCUAUAGCUACUGCUCCCGCAACCAGCGCUGUAGUAACAGGACCGGCAGGAACUAUUGACACGUCAAAUGGCUUACUUGCAUCAGGAUUGAUUAGGGCACCAGGGUUAAUAGGAAAGGGAUUGAUUAUUGGUUAAUUCUGCAUGUCCUUCUAACAACAAUGCACCAACAUAGCGUCACUGACUGAUUUGUAUUGUAGUUUUUAUAAAUAAAUGAUAUUAGCAUAGUUUAAAAUUCGUUUUAAAUUUUCAGGUAUAUUGUUUAUUUUUUAAAUCCCGAUUUUCUAUCACUACCAAAAGCCUAUAUUGAGUUAUCAGUAAGCACAUAAAGGUGCACGCCCAUUGGGCAGAAUGGAAGCGGAGAGAAGAUAAUCGAAACCUUUCCGCUGAAGCGACGUGUCAUCCACCUGUGAGAAUGACAAAUAUCGCCGUGACCCUUUCUACAUCUCUCUCUCAGACCUCAGACCUCAGUGGAUUAGCAACUUGAUACAAUAUUGGACCUACUAAAAAUUGACGGAAUCAAUUCCA